GAGAGAGAGAGAGAGAGAGAGAGAGCGCUCAAAACACAGACCCUACUAGUACAGCGUCAGUCUGCUUCAAUCACGUUUGCCUUGACUUCACACGGACUUCGCAACCAGACUCUAUACAGUUAAAAUCGACGCUUCUGCAAGACUUUAGAGCUACCUAUCUCCAGGUCUCUCCUCUCCUGGUCAGGAUGUUGGUCAUUCUUGCUUUGAUUAUCCUCUUCCACGUGGUCUCAGCUGUCCUGCUUUUCAUCUCCACGAUAAACAAUGCUUGGUGGACAUUGGGUGAGAUCUCUGUAGAUCUGUGGCAGAAGUGCAAUGGGACCGACCCUUGCACACCAACAGAUGCCAAAGGCUAUGAGGGCUUUGUUCAGACUGUCCAGGCCUCCAUGAUUCUGUCCACCAUUCUGUGCUGUGUCGGGUUCUUUGUGUUCAUCCUCCAGCUCUUCCGUCUGAAGCAGGGAGAGCGAUUUGUCUUCACGGCCAUCAUCCAGCUCCUGUCCUGUCUCUGUGUCAUGACUGGAGCUUCAAUUUACACUGCCGAGCAUUUGAACUUCCACAGUGACUUGAAAGAUGGGGAGUAUGGAUCUUCCUUCAUUUUAGCCUGGCUCGCCUUCCCUUUCACCCUGUUCAGCGGGCUGAUGUAUCUAGUGCUGCGGAAACGCAAAUAAACAAGCGCAGCCACGCCCUCCCACCAGGAACAACCAAUCACAACUAGCAGAGGCCAAAGCCAAAUACAUUUUGUAUAUCUUUUUUUUUUUUUAAUUAUCAUGUGUAUUGAAGAUACAUGCACUCAUACCAAAAAUAAAUAAUAUUAAGACUGCAAAAAAACAUACAUAUACAUUAACAAUAGCAUACUGGAAUGGGAUAUAGAUAGAUAGAUAUACAAUGUGUGUGUAGAACCUUUUUGUACUUUUUUUAUAAUUAUAUGCAUUAUAUUCUUGAAUGGUUUGCUGAUUGAUCAGGAACCUUAACUAAUCCAUCAAGCAAGCUGUAAAAUAUAGUAAACAGUUGCUCAGUUAGGCUUAACUAUGCUCGGUUGAAGUGUUAAGCAGUCACAUUCACCACCCAGACAGUAAUUCUAUCACUAGACCAGUCAGCUCUGUUUUUAUUGGAAAGUAUUUUGAUCUCGACCCGGUCUUGAUUAUAUUAAAAGGCCACAAGCAAAAAAAAAAAAAACUUACUUGAAAAUGUUCUUUGUCAAUGUUGUUGUUUUUUUGUUGCAAUGUUAAAUGUACAGUUUUGCCAAGUUACUGUGGCUGUAUUUGAAAUAGAGCCCAGUGCUUUGAAAAUGAAAACUCAAUUCAGAAGCCAAGGGCUUCAUGUUAAACUAAUACAAAUCCACUUUGUGCAGUGCUCCCUACAGACUGGCCUGCUUAUUAAUUAAACAUAUUCUAUGAAACCUAGCAAUACUUUGCAAUCUUUUGUUACAGUGGUUAUCGGAGUCCAAAUAUGGAACAAACAAAAAAAAAAAAAAAGAAACUUUUUUUUUUUUUUUUUUAAUGUUUUUGUAUUCAUAAAUGUAAUCAACACACUGGAAACAUCCUUGUUUUUUAAACAUUAAAAAACGAUUGGUUUGAAAAGAUGGUUGCAGAUAAAAGGCAGAUGAAACCUUGACCUUUUCUCUCUUUUUCAAUACAUAACAUGUGAUUCUGGAUUUAAAAGCAAUCAAUUAAUUACUGAACACACCAUACACCAAAAUGUAAAUUCAAAUUGUAUUUUAUGGUAGUUUUCAUACAAUUAAACUUUUGGAACAGUUUUGGUUUUGUGUAGAAAAAAAAAAAAAAAUAAAA